GCUAUAUAGAUAUUCAAGCAUUAAAAAUGAUCGUUUCCACGGAUUUCUUAUAAUCCUCCUUCCUUUCUCUGUCUCAAAUUUUUAAGAAAUCUUCAAGUAUCUGCAAAUUUGCACAUUAAUGCACAUAAUCUCGUAAUAAUAAACACGAGCUUCUCUAUCGUGUAAUCGAGUUACGAUUGACGUGUCACGACUCACAAUUACAUUUCAAUCGCCCAACACGCGCAAAUCUAAUACGAACAAUAAGACAAAUGGAAUUAACAUUGUUGCGAUCGUUAUGUCGAGAAUCGUAAUUGACCUAAAUAUUACAUUUGAUUUGCGUGCCGACUCUAAUCUUCUCUCUAUCUCGUGGUGUUUCCACACUAAACGCUGCAUUUAUUAUAUCAACGUCGCGUACCCCGGAUUUCCAAAUCGUCAAGAAGGAAGAGGAGAGACGGUCGACCUCGUAUACAGACAGGGUUCCGGGUACCUGAAGCGUGCAAAUACCGAACGCCUCCAUGAAAUUUUUAAUCAGUAUGCUUCACGAGAGAAGAAUGGUGAGAGAUUCAUGACUGCGUCUGAUUUUGUACGCAGUUAUCUUGGCCUUUACACAGAUGCCGAUUAUAAUCCCGAUUCUGUCAAUUUACUCGCUGGUAUUGUCGAUACUAGCAAAGAUGGACUUAUAUCAUUUGCCGAAUUUCAAGCAUUUGAAGGUCUUCUCUGUGUACCAGAUGCUCUAUACAAAACAGCUUUUCAACUUUUUGAUACUAAUGGAAAUGGCAUGGUUGCAUUUGACGAGUUCGUUGAGGUGAUGCGAAAGACUGUGUUGCAUCAAAAAAUGCCCUUUAAUAUGGAUAGUAGUUUUAUCAAGCUCUACUUCGGAAAGGAUAAAAAAAGACUGAUUAGCUAUGCAGAAUUUAGUCAGUUUUUGCAUGACUUUCAUGAAGAGUAUGCAACAGAAGCCUUUAAGAAAUUUGAUAAGGAUGCCACGGGCUUCAUUUCAGCGUUAGAUUUUCAAGACAUUAUGCUGAGUAUUAAAAGCCACCUACUCACAAAAGAUGUGAGGGAUAAUCUAAUUGCUGCGGUUGGUGCUGGCCAAAGUGGUCGAAAAGUCAGUUUUCCAUACUUUAUGGCAUUCAAUUCUCUUCUAAACAAUAUGGAACUUAUCAAACGUAUCUACUUAAAUGCGACCAACGGUCAUAGAUAUCAGGAAGUUACAAAAGAGGAAUUUCUUUAUUCUGCACAAAUGAUGUCCCAGAUAACCCCGUUGGAAGUAGACAUCUUAUUUCAUCUUUGCGAUUUACUUCAUCAAACUGGACCUACGGAAGAUGACGAAGCAGAUUCGCGGCUUGGGAAAAUUGUAUACAAUGAUCUCGUGGCUAUUACACCUGAGCAAUAUUUUAAGCAGAUUACAAAACGUGUUGCCGCGAUUAAAGCAGUAUCGAGUCCAGACGAACGUGGUGUUAUUGUACAAAUGCUCGAAAGUGGAUAUCGAUUCGUGCUUGGUUCCAUCGGUGGAGCCGUUGGUGCUACCGCUGUAUAUCCUAUCGACUUGGUCAAAACUAGAAUGCAGAAUCAGAGGACUGGAUCUUUUAUAGGCGAGCUAAUGUAUAGAAAUAGCUUUGAUUGUUGUAAAAAGGUAAUCCGGCACGAAGGUUUUUUCGGUCUUUAUAGAGGCUUGAUGCCUCAAUUAAUGGGAGUAGCACCAGAAAAGGCUAUCAAGCUUACAGUUAACGAUUUUGUCAGAGAUAAGUUUAUGGAUAAAAAUGGAAAUUUACAACUGUACGGAGAAAUUAUAUCUGGCGCCUGUGCUGGAGCAUCACAGGUCAUAUUCACCAAUCCUCUAGAGAUAGUAAAAAUUCGGCUACAAGUAGCUGGCGAGAUUGCAGGAGGGUCAAAAGUUCGGGCGUGGGCUGUCGUGAAGGAAUUAGGUCUAUUUGGAUUGUACAAAGGUGCUAGAGCGUGCUUCUUGCGAGACGUCCCGUUUAGCGCGAUUUACUUUCCUAUGUAUGCCCACACGAAAGCACGUUUGGCCGAUGAAGGCGGUUACAAUACGCCUUUGUCACUUCUCUUUUCUGGUGCAAUCGCCGGUGUACCUGCAGCAGCCCUGGUCACUCCUGCGGAUGUAAUAAAAACGAGAUUGCAGGUCGUAGCUAGAGAAGGCCAAACCACGUACAACGGACUAUUGGAUUGCGCGAGAAAAAUUUACAGAGAAGAGGGUGCCAGAGCAUUCUGGAAAGGCACGACAGCUCGAGUGUUCAGAUCAUCACCUCAGUUUGGCGUCACUCUCUUCACGUAUGAGUUGCUGCAAAGACUGUUUGUGGUUGAUUUCGGUGGAUCUCGACCUACCGGCUCUGAACAGAAGGUGCCUACUAUGGGAGUCGCGGAUGAAAUUCGAUCGACAAACCCAGAUCAUAUAGGUGGCUACCAAGUAGCUCUGCCCAUCUUUACGGGUAUAGAAACCAAGUUCGGUCUUUGCCUACCCAGGUUCCAAGCUGUUGUCGGAAAGUAACAGAAUCAUUAGCAGCUGUGUGAGAGAAAACAAGCUUUGUAACAAUCUCUGCCUUAAAUAUAACUUAUCGACGUAAGAAGGAAUGAUCGUCGCGGUUGAUGCUAAUACUUGAUUUGUACUAUCAUCACGUACAGUGUAAUUAUAGAUCGAUGGAGGACAAGUACAAAAUCCGUCGUUUCGGAAUUGUGAGUCGAUACAGUCAAUUGACACAGGAACAAAACCUAUAUGGCAUUGAAACUAUUUAUUUUGAUACUAUAUAAAUAUGUUAUAUCAAAUUGAUGCCAUCUGUGUGUAAUUAUUUUACAAAGUGAAAGAGAGGGCGAACGUGUGUACGUGCGUGUGUGUGUAUGUGUAAUGUUUAUCGACGAUUAUCGCUAAUCUGAAACAUUUCUGCCGAUACGCGUAUAGUAACUAACUGGAUGCAAUGUGUGUUCGUUAAUUAAAUAGCGAAUGACUAACGCCAACGAAUACGAGUGUGAUGUUUUAGCAAGAAUAAUAAUCCGCAAGAAUAAUAAUGGCCCUGACGUGUACGUACUCUACAAUUACAUUUAUUAUUUAUCCAAAAAUACCAAAUUUUAUCAGCUCUUAUAACUGGUGAAUAAAAAGCCAGAAUGCCAUAAAUUUGUUUUUAUUAUUUGCUCGUUAUAUUACAUCUGUUUAGUUGUAUUCAGGCUCCUGCAGGUACUCCCUGCAGCCAUGUUGGAUUAUGACACGCUGAGAAUUCUUGCGCUUUAUAACUACAGAAUAUACCUGAAUAAAAAAGCAGUGCAGGAUUUUCAAAAUACUCCGCUAACUAACUCCUUUUCCCUUGACAGCUGAUAAACAGCCGUAAAAUGUGCUGAAACGAUAUAGACUACAGAUAUCUUACUCCCUUUACACACUCCGCCGUGGCGAGCCCAGGUGCCUUGAAUUGAAAAUAAAAAUGAUAAAAAGAAAAAUAUUUUACUAAUAUUAUGUUUAUCAACAUUUCUCCACUGCAAGAGGACACAACAUGUGAAUUGAUGUUCUACUCUAAAUUAUUAUCAAUAAUUUCCUUAUUAUAAUAAUGUAUAAAUUGAACAAGUUUUACUUUUUUAUUUGUGCCAUAUUCGAUCUUUUGUCACAACUUUUUGUUAAAUCAACUUAAUAUUGUAAUUGCGAGUUUAAUUAAAACGAAUUUAUUGGCAUUUAAACAAUCCUACAAUUAAUACAAAUAAAGAGAAAAGAAUGUUAACGCACACAAUUUUCUGCAAAUUUUUCGAGAAUAACGAAUAGUGACAUUAUUAAAAAUAUACAUUAAAAUGUGUAUUUAUUGCUCUUUUUUGCAAAUUACACAUGUAUAGAACUGAUAUUUUUCUUAAGAUCCAUCUUGUUAAAAUUGAUUGAUUGCACCCAUGAUUAUAGCCAAGAACAAUAUAAAUGUUAUAACUGCUUAAAUUGUUUUCUCAUUUUUUGAAAACUCGUGUAAAAUAUCUUUUAAAAACUUUUACUCGAAUUGUUACUUUCUUUCACACAAAUCUACUAGACAUAGGAAAAGAAAUUAAUAUCCUAAUAAUAAUAAGAUUUACAAGCGGUUUGAGGAAAAAGUGAAACUACGGCGAUAGUUCGAGAUUCGUAUUCACGUAAAAGUAAAUAAAAGAAAGAAAAGUCGCAGUCGCUAUUUAUUGGGGCAAAAUGAGAGGGAAAACUUAUCGAUGUUGUACCUACGAUUGAUACAGAUCAGAGACUUGGAGUUUUAUACAAGGUUAAAAUAAUGUCAAGGUAACUCGAACGGAAAAGGUAUAACUAAAUUUCUCUUAUGUAUCAUUUAUUUGUAGUAUUUAAAUUAAAGGGCCAACAGACUUUCCUACUUUCAUAAUGUCUGAAAGAGUAAGAGGACUUAUUACAUCUGUCACACACAACGUAUAAUGAUAUAUAUAUCGAGUAUUCUUAUAAGCUGAUGCUUGAUAAUUGAGACACAGUACAAAACGAUAAAAGAAAACGUAAAUAAAGAAGGAUACAUGUCGAUAUAUGUGUAUGAAUAAAAUGUUCCAACUCUCGUUAAUAUCUCUAUUGUUCCUUUACUUUUGCGAUGAUUUAUAUCUGAAAUCAAUAUAGACUUAAGAACUUUUAACGUUUAA